AUGGGAAGAAGGAACUCCACCGAUGUGCCUGACUUCAUCCUCCUGGGGCUGGCGGACUCUGCAGAGGCGCAGCUGCUCCUCUUCCUGCUCUUCCUCCUCAUCUACCUGGUCACGGUGCUGGGGAACGCAGGGAUGAUGCUGCUCAUUCGCCUGGAUGCCCAGCUGCACACCCCCAUGUACUUUUUCCUCACCCACCUGUCCUUUCUCGACCUCAGCUACUCCAGCGUCAUCACCCCUAGAACCUUACAGAACUUACUGGCUUCCUCCAAGAGCAUCUCGUUCCUGGGCUGCUUCACCCAGAUGUUCUUUUUUAUAGUUUUUGGGGCUGCCGAAUGCUUUCUUCUCUCCUCCAUGGCCAUUGACCGCUAUGUAGCCAUCUGCAGCCCUCUGCAAUAUCCAGUCAUUAUGUCCACAAGACGGUGCCGUGCCUUGCUGGCCAGCUCCUAUGUUAUUGGCUUUGUGGAUUCUACUGUCAAUGCAAUUUUCAUGAGCAGACUGCGGUUCUGCAACUCUAAAGUCAUCCACCACUUUUUCUGUGACACAUCUCCGAUUUUAGCCCUGUCCUGCAGUGACACACACGAGGUUCAACUCAUCAUAUUCAUUUGUGCGGGAUCUAACUUAGUGCUGUCCCUCGUCACCAUAUCUGGGUCCUACGUGUCCAUUCUCUGCACUAUCCUGAAAAUGAGUUCCACUGCGGGAAAGCAAAAAGCCUUCUCGACCUGCGCCUCUCACCUCCUGGGAGUCACCGUCUUUUACAGCACCAUGAUCUUUACUUACUUAAAACCAAAGCAGUCCUACUCCUUGGGAAAGGAUCAGGUGGCCUCUGUGUUUUACACGAUCGUGAUCCCCAUGCUGAACCCUCUCAUCUACAGCCUCAGAAACAAAGAGGUGAAACAUGCUGUCCUUAGACUCCUGCAGAAAAGAGAGGGCUCCAGGCCGUUAAAACAACAAUGUUGCUAG